AUGAGGGUUAACUUAUUUUCGCGGUUUUAUGAAGGAAAGGGGGUUGCAAGAGUACCCAUAUGUUUACUCCACGUAAAUGGAAAUAUCUUGAAUAAUGGAUUCUAUUCAUGUGUUGCUCGGCGGUACAGUGAUAAUGUAAAAGAUCAUUUUAACAAACCAAGAAAUGUUGGUUCGUUUGACAAGAAUGAAAAAAAUAUUGGAACAUCUAUUGUAGGAAAAGCGUCAUGUGGUGAUGUUAUAAAAUUGCAAUUAAAAAUUGAAGACAAUGUAAUUAAGGAUGCCCGUUUCAUGGCAUUUGGAUGUGGUUCAGCAAUUGCUAGUAGUUCAUAUGCCACUGAAUUGAUCAAGGGAAAGACAAUUGAUGAAGCUCUGGAAAUUAAAAACGAUGAUAUAGCUUCGCACUUGAGUUUACCACCAGUCAAAAUUCAUUGUAGCUUAUUAGCUGAAGAUGCAAUAAAACAUGCCAUUAAAAAUUAUAGGGAAAAAGUAAUAAACUGA